AUGACGCGGAAAAGUUGGCUGCGAACCAGGCGAAAGGGGUGCGAUUCGGCUGGAUGGAGUCGUCCUCACUGUCAGCGAUUUACAAUCAGUUGUCGCAUCAUCUAUUCGGUGCUAAUAGCCGUAUGGAUGACGAUGCAAGAGGGUAGUGGAGGGGAGUGUCCGGCAUCGGAAAAAAUGCCGGGGUGUCCGUGCUAUAAUUUCGAGGACGGUCUGUUUUUGGAGUGUCCUGGGGCCACUGAGGACUCACUGAAGACCGCACUCGCUAAUGUGAUCGGUUCUGCCAAGUCGAAAGAAGUAAUCGUUCAAUCACUGAGUGUCUACGAGCUGGACCGAAAAGUGGAGGAGCUCAAGGCAACGAUAUUCCCCCUUGGUUCCCAGAUAAAACAUCUCCAAAUAUCACACUCCGGAUUACGAGAGAUUGAUGAAGACGCGUUCGAUCGCUUGGGAACAACCCUCCAAUCCCUGGGUAUAGUCUCCAGCCAACUGCAGACUGUUCCACAGAAGGCAUUGACCCCUCUGACUGGUCUGACUAGCCUCGACCUCGAAGCGAAUCAAAUUCGCGAACUUCCGAGGAACAGUUUCUUUGGCUUAUCCCUGAUAAAAUUGAACCUGAAGGGAAAUGAGAUCGGCAAAAUAUCGGAGGACGCUUUCGCGGGGCUGGAGACGAGUCUCACUGACUUGGACCUAUCGGAAAACAAAAUCAGGAUUUUCCCGAUGACAUCGUUGCGGAGACUUGAGAAUCUAUUAUCUCUCAGACUAGCCUGGAACGACGUAUCUCACUUACCUGAGGAUGGCUACUCUCGCUUGGAUACCGUAAACUAUCUCGACUUGAGUAGCAAUAAUUUCGAAGUCAUUCCCUUGAACUGCUUCCGCUGCUGUCCAGUACUUCGUACCCUCUCACUGUCUCACAGCUCUGCCAACUCGGUCGAUAAAGACGCAUUUAUAUCACUGAGCCAUCUCGAAUCCAUCGACCUCAGCCACAACAAGAUCAUCUUCCUGGACGUAGCAACCUUUCGUGCCAAUCCCAAACUGAAGUCCAUUGACCUAAGCCACAAUCACCUUCACUACAUCCGAGGAAUCUUCGCUCGACUGCCAGAACUCAAAGAACUCUUCCUCGCCGAUAACAACAUCCUGGAGAUCCCCGCGGAUGCCUUCUCAGAGUCCGUGAGUCUCUCCGUCCUCUAUCUCCAGCAUAACGCCAUCAGACGGAUCGAUUCGAGAGGACUGGCGACCCUCGGCCAAUUGGCACAGCUCCACCUGAGUGACAACUUCAUCGAAAAAAUCCCUCGGGGCUUCCUCGAUUACUGCGAUAACUUAUCAACACUGUCGCUCGACGGCAACAAAAUACGUGACUUGGAAGUCGGUACUUUCGCCAAGUCAAAGCUGCUUAGAGAACUACGGCUUCAAGAUAAUCAGAUUACUGAGGUUCGACGUGGAGUGUUCGCACCUCUGCCAACUCUCCUCGAGCUGCAUCUCCAGAAUAAUGUGAUCACCGAUAUGGAAACAGGUGCAUUGAAGUCCCUUCACAACCUUCAACACAUCAAUCUCCAAGGAAACUUGUUAGCUGUACUCGGCGAUGUGUUCCAAAUCUCCGCUGAUUCCGCUGGUUCACUUGUAUCGAUCCAACUAGACAGCAACGGUCUUGGAGUCCUGCACAAUGACUCAUUGCGAGGACAAACAUCCGUGCGGAUCAUGUGGCUGGGCCACAACAGAAUGACACGUCUCCAGGCUCCCCUAUUCCGGGACCUUGUGGUCGUCGAACGACUGUAUUUGACCAACAACUCAAUCUCAAGAAUUGAAGACACAGCAUUUCAGCCUAUGCAGGCGUUAAAAUUCCUGGAACUCAGUAUGAACCGGUUGAGCCACGUGACCGGUAAUACAUUCUCGGAGCUGCAUGACCUGGAGGAGUUGUACCUGCAGGACAACACGUUGAGAAAGAUCGAUCCGUAUGCUUUGACAGCCCUGAAACGCCUGCGAAUUCUGAAUCUCGCUAAUAAUUAUCUGACUGUCUUGCACAGCACGAUGUUUCAGGAGAGCUUAUCUAUCAGAACAUUGAACCUCAAGAAUUCUACGAUCAGUGUCAUUGAAGCAGGUGCGUUCAAAGGGCUCACCAAUCUCUACGAGCUGAAUUUGGAGGACAAUCAUCUGACAGCUCUAUCUCUGGAUCAUCUGGACAUUCCAGGCUUGCGGAUACUUAAGAUAUCGAAUAACGACUUCAGUGAGAUCGAUGGGGAGUCACUCAAUGGGUUGUCAUCGCUCCAACAGCUAUCCGUCGAGCGUUCGCAAAUCCAUCGACUACCGUUCGACACAUUCUCCAAUAAUAAGCAUCUCGGGAAAAUUCUACUAAGUAACAAUCAACUUCAUUCACUACCUGGCUCACUCUUCUCCGGUCUCGACUCCCUCCGCGAAGUCAAGUUAGACGGCAAUAGUUUCCAGGAAAUGCCGUACGAAGUCUUUAUAAACUCCACGACAAUAGAAUUUCUAUCGCUAUCGAACAACGUAAUCCUGCAUAUCGACGCAUCCAGACUAAACGGAUUAAGAAACUUGCGUGAGCUGGAUCUAAGCAGCAACUACAUAAUGUCAGUGUCAGGUUUCUCCGAUGCCAAUUUCUCGAGAUUAAUAUCCAUCGAUCUCAGCCACAAUCAUCUCACUGCCUUGCCAGCCAAUUUCUUCAUCAAUGCCAACCAACUACGUAAAGUUGACAUAUCAGGUAAUAAAUUUCGUCAGCUACCAGCUGUUGCUCUGUCAGCGCGAAAUAUGCCGAAUCUCGGUUGGCUCAAUAUUACGGGGAAUCCCCUCACCAGAAUACACGAGUUCAGCUUGGAGUGGAAGUAUCCAUCACUCGAGGAGAUCCAUAUAUCAAGAACCAAUUUGACAAUGAUCACGGGUCAAGAUUUCGAGGCGUUUCCAUCGCUUCUGCACCUCUUUGUGACUAACAAUUUGAUAUCACGAGUGUCACCCAGUGCAUUUCAAAGUUGCCCGAAACUAUUGACCCUGGAUUUGAGUGCAAAUGACCUGGAGCUGUUGCCCCAGGAGAGGCUCAAGGGUCUCGAGCACUUGAAACUUUUGAAUUUGACACGUAAUCAUCUCAAGACGCUCGAGGAUUUCUCGGAGGACUUAAAGGGACUUCGAGUACUCGACCUGUCGUAUAAUCAAAUUCAAUCGAUAGGGGAAAAUACAUUCAAUCAUCUCGAUAAUUUGGUGGAAUUAUAUUUAUAUGGAAAUUGGAUAUCGACAGUAUCGACAGGUACAUUCAAGAGCCUGAAGAAAUUACGUGUGUUAGACGUGAGUGGAAAUUCACUAGAGAAUUUACCUCUGAAUGCAUUUCAACCCCUUGAGACACAGAUAAGGAGUCUACGUGUUGAGGAGAAUCCAUUGCGCUGCGGUUGCGAGGCACAGGAGCUGUGGGAGUGGCUGCGCGAUCACCAGAAACUCAUCAGAGGGAGCAGAGAGCGUGAUAAAGAGGAUGGGAUGGGGGUGAGCGAUGGUGAGGAUGGAUUGCUGAAGUGUGAACAGCCGACUGAACUGCGCGGCCUUGUGUUUCUCGACCUUGAUCCACAUGCUUUCUGCUCCGAGCCUUUGGUGAUCAACAUUAUGGUGCAGGAUGUGAGGGAUUCUACGGCUGUUGUGCUGUGGCAGAGUCGAAAUCACAGUGGGGUGCAUGGAUAUCAGGUCGCUUAUCGUGAUGUUGGUAAAGUUGAUGAGAUCCACGCAAUGAUCCUGGAACCAACGUCUCGCUCCGUGAAAUUAGAAAAAUUGUCUUCCAACACCGAGUACUUAGUCUGCGUCCUGGGCCUUGGUAACUGGUUACCGCAGGCCGACGGUAAAACCCCCCUAGGACAAUUCAACUCGAGCAAAAACGAUCUCCUCGACCCCUCGUCACUCCCAGAAAUGAUGGAUUCCUCGACAAGUCUAUGUACAAAGGUAAAAACCCCCGAAAAACCCCGGGUCAUACUGGUCAGUGGUGAUGGUGCAGCGAUGAGUGAUUCUAGUGGUGCUAAAACAGUUUUAACUCGUAGAUUAGGCUUAAUUGUGGGGUGCUGCAUGGGCUUUGUCGUCUUUAUACUCCUCGUCUCCGUUCUUGGCUAUCUUAAGGUCAAGAAACAGAGGGAGGCGGUGAAGAGGGAUCAGCAGACUGUGCCACCCGAGUACAUUUCCUACCGUCACUUUAGCAUACAGAGUGGCGACGCCGGUCAUAAUAACCGCGUUAAUAAUAAUCAAGACAUGGAGUAUACGUCUGGGCAUGUUGAUAAUGUGGGACAGACCACGUUGAGUGUAUAGCGUCAAGCAAGCGGUCCUGCAGAUGACACGGCUAUUACUAAUGUGUAAUUCGUGAUUUGAGAAAAUUUAAUCUGACAGGAUCGCGAUUUAAGCGGGAGAACUGCUCAUCUAUGGAACAUUUCAGAUGAUACACGGUUUCUGUACCGAACGAUGUCGUUAAACACUUGCGCGUAAAGUGACAUUUUACGUACGCUUCGUACGCAAAUUCCCACUUUCCACACAUUGUGGUGAAAAAUAGGGUUCGAUGCUCGUGGAAAAAGUAUUCUUUGACGUGUACAAUAAUUUCGAGAUACAGCCCAAUCUUCGUACAAGAUACCGCAGGGACCACAGGGGAAUAAAAUUCUGAAAAUAACGUAUUCCCUAUAUUACUUGCGCUUAGAUGGGAAAAUAUUUUGAUUUGAUAUUCUUCAUACAAGAUACUAGAUGAUUUCCAUUUUUCAUGAUCAUUUGAGUACGAUUCCUGAUGUAAAACACGAAUAAGUUAGUUUGUUAAGAGGGGCCUGCGAGGCAAAAUUAAGACUUUCAUUGGAAUUUUGGUUUUCAUAAAAAUUGGGUGGAAUUUAGUUUUGUUUUGUCUAUCUAUUCAUUAAAAAAUGGACGUAAAACACAUGGUGCAAUACGUGUAAAAAAUAGAUAUUUUACCAAGUUUUAUGACCGAUGCGUUCAAUUUUUUUAAUGGAAUUUAACGAGUGCCCAUUCGUUUUGAAAUUCAAUUGAUGUGCAAUUAAGUUCUAGAUCACAGAUGCAUAUAUUUUCAGUAAUUUCUGCGAUAUUUCAACUCCAUUCCCACUCAAUUCUAGCCCCUUUAUCGAGUAUCUUAUACGGAGACUGGACUGUAUUACAGUUUCACGUAUAAAAAAGUGAAUAGAAAAACAUAGCGCUUUCCUUAAGAAGUUCUAUUUGAUUUCUAUUGGAAGUCUAUGAACAUUCUAUUGGAUUUCCACUCGAAUUCUAUAACAAAAUCUCUGUGUUUUUGGCGCUGUUCUAAGAGAUGCUCAUCUUGAAAUGGCAUGGCCGCCGCGCGAAUCAUCAGCCUCUUGAGCCAAAUGUUUCGUUGUUGAAAGCAGAGCCAAAAUAUCUAUCUGUUUAUGCAGCGUCUUCCAAAUCUUGAGCGAAAUAUAAACAAAGUAUUAUCAGAAUUUUCUGAACUGAAAUAAUUGCGACCGCUAAGAUGUUCAAUGGCGAUGAAAAAAAACGACGCGCUGCUGCAAUUCUUCAAUAGAAUCGGCGAAAAAAAUUACACAAUUUUCAAUAGAAGUUUAAUCGAAUUUUCUGAGAAAUUCACUAAACUUUUUAAUGAAGUUUUUGCUUCUGAAUUGAAGCAUUGUAUACGUUAAAUUCGAAAUUCCAAUUUUUUUGUGUGUCAGGAUAACUAAUUUUGGCUUCAGGAGCUCGAAUAUGCUACUUUUCGACCAUGUCCGAAUGUGCGUAUGUAUUUGUGUAGGUGUAUGUAUGUGAUCGAUUUUUUUCGACGAUAACUGAAAAAUGAUUGCUUAUAUAAAUCCCAUUGUGAUCUAAAAUACUCUUCCCAAUUCCAUCUUGACCGAGUUUGUUGUUGAAAAAAUUUAUUUUGAAACCAAUAUUCAGAGAAAGGUAAAAAAAUUUAACGUUCGGGCAAUAUUGGCUACAAAUUCUGGCUAAUUUUAGCUGCCAACGUUGAGGCAAUGGUGGCUGUCAACAUUGGGACAAUGCAGGCUCUUAACGUUGGGAUAAUGUUGGCUACCAAUGUUGGGGCUAUCUCGGCUACCGAUGUUGGAGUAAUUUUCGUCUGCCAGCAUUGAGGUAAUGUUGGCUGCUAACGUUGGAGAAAUGUUGGCUGAAUGAAUCAUUGAAUUCAAUUAAAAAUACAUCGCCACAAAAAUUCCAUUCGGAAGCAAAUUGCUCAUUUAUUGGCAAAAAGUAGUGACAGUGACAAAAACAAUUUCCUACUUGUUUCGUACGUUCCCACUUGAUAUUUCUCCAUGUUCCGUAUUUGAGCAGUUCAUCCUAUUCUCAACGUAAACACGACGACGGUAGCGUUACCCUCCAUUUGGCAAGUAUGCCUCGGGAACAAGAUAAAAUUUAUGAAUCAACGAAACAAUUGACGAUCGUACCCACUUCCGGGAAGAUCAAUUAAAAGAGACUGUGAGAAUACACAGAAUCGAAUGAGUGAUGGGGGAUAUUCUCAAUGUGAUAGCUGCGUGUUGUAUUGUAUACUUGUGAUAUUAAAAAUUCAGCGGUGGUGAUAAUGACUAAGAAAUGAGAAAUUUUUUAUGACGGCCGAGGCGAUAAAUUAAUUACUGAUUAACGGAGUUGAAUGAUAUUAUAAUGGAGGAAUUAAGAGACAUUGAGUAUAACAUGUUGAUGUUCGAUUACUGUUGGCCAGACCUUUUGCGGUGGGAUCUCGAUAUUUAUGGACUCAAGGCGGAAAUAAAUGUUGCUGAUGCUCUACUCUUCGUUGCGUAAUUAGUAAUUAACUACUAAACACUGUGUGCCAUUCAUUCCUUACUCUUGCAUGUACGCAAUAAUUCAGUGGCUGAAAUUCUUUGAUUCACAUCUUUUUGUUAAUUCAUUAUUGAUAAUUGAGGAUUAUUUGAUUGCUCAAGAUAUUUUGUUCGGAUUAUUUCUUAGAAAUUCGUCAGCUCAAUUUUCAAUAGUUUCGCUGGUUUUUUUUUAAAGAAGAAAAUCUAUUUUAAAAACUUGUACAAUUUCAAGUCACGAAAUUUAUAGAAAGAAAAAAUACAUUAAUGCUAUAAAUUAUUCUAAAAAAUUAAAAUGUACAAUUUUUUUCUAUGAAAUAU